GAUAGAAUAUCGUGUAUGGAAGAAAUACGACAGAAGCUCGAGAUAGAUCUAAGAACCACCCUGCAACGUUUGGCCGACACGGAGAUUCAAAUCGAAAAGCUAAAAGUCGCUAUACGGAACAUGGAUCAUGCAAUGAAAGUCGUGCAGACCCGCUUGGAUAAUCGUAACCAGCGGCCACGUGUGGAAAAUUGUCGCGACUUAUCGCAAUCUUUGUUGAUCGAUGAAGUGAAAUCCGUCGAAGAAGGACUCUCAGCGAUGAAAACACGGCUCAAACAAGAAGAGGAAGUAAAAAACGAGCUCAUGACACGUCGUGGCGAACUGGAGAAAGAGAUUAUGAUGAAACGUCGUACAAUUGCUGUCGAUCGAGACCGCUGCCAGCUACUACGAUCACAUUUUCCUUCAUCGACGGCUUUAAGCGGUUACUAA